AGAUUGCCUUCAUGACCUUGACUCUGUUCCCUAUCCGACUCUUAUUUGCUGCUUUUAUGAUGUUGCUGGCCUGGCCUUUUGCAUUCAUUGCUUCAAUGGGAUCUGAUGAGCAAGAGCUUGAAAAGCCUCUCUCCUGGUGGCGAAAGAUAGUGGAUGUUUUGCUGAAAGCAAUCAUGAGACUCAUGUGGCUUGCUGGAGGGUUCCACUGGAUAAACGUGAAAGGCCGCCGGGCGUUGCCGGCAGAAGCAGCCAUAUUAACGGUGGCUCCCCAUUCCUCUUACUUUGAUGCCAUUCCAGUAACGAUGACCUUCGCCUCCAUCGUGAUGAAAGCCGAAAGCAAAGAUAUCCCUGUGUGGGGAACUUUAAUCAAAUACAUUCGUCCAGUGUUUGUAUCCCGAUCAGACCAAGAUUCUCGCAGGAAAACUGUUGAGGAAAUAAAAAGACGUGCUCAAUCUGGUAAAUGGCCACAGAUAAUGAUAUUCCCAGAGGGCACUUGCACAAACCGAUCCUGUCUAAUUACAUUUAAGCCUGGAGCGUUUAUCCCAGGAGUUCCUGUGCAACCAGUGGUUUUACGUUAUCCAAACAAACUGGACACAAUCACAUGGACGUGGCAAGGGCCAGGAGCGUUAGAAAUUCUGUGGCUUACUUUGUGUCAGCUUCACAAUUCUGUGGAAAUUGAGUUUCUACCUGUGUAUAUUCCUUCAGAGGAAGAAAGAAAAAAUCCAGCAUUAUAUGCCACUAAUGUCAGACGUGUAAUGGCAGAGGCAUUGGGUGUUUCAGUGACAGACUAUACGUUUGAAGACUGUCAGCUGGCUUUGGCAGAAGGACAACUUCGUCUGCCUUCAGACACAUGCCUCUUAGAAUUUGCAAAGCUCGUGAGAAGCCUUGGGCUGAAACCAGAAAACCUUGAAGAAGAUCUUGAGAAAUAUGCUAAACGUGCUAUGAAAAUGAAAAAAGAAAAGACUGAUCUUGAAGAAUUUUCAGCAUACUUAGAAUUUCCAAUUUCUUCCACAUUAGAAAGUAUGUUUGCCCUUUUUGAUGAGAAUGAACAUGGCAUAAUUGACGUACGAGAAUUUGUCAUUGCUCUGUCAGUUGUCUGUAAACCAUCCAAAACUCUGGAAACAAUUCAGCUGGCAUUUCAGCUCUACCAGUCGGAAAAAGGAACUAUACUAGAAGAGGAUUUAGCUCAUAUUCUGAAGACUGCCAUGGGGGUGUCACAGAUCAAUGUAACGCACCUUUUUAGAGCAGUAGAUGAAGAAGAAAAGGGGGAGAUCACAUAUGAUGACUUCUACAGAUUUGCUGAGUUGCAUCCACACUUUGCAGAAGACUAUCUGCACUCCGAGCCAGUGGGAGAUGGCAGCGGUUUGGAGACUUCAUCUCUUCCUGCUCCUAAUGGCAUCUGUACUGACUUCAGCCCUGAAAAUGUUGAGGAGAAAAGGCAGUUCCUGCAGAAGAAACUGAAUUAAUACAACAACUGUUACCUUCCUCUCCUGGUGAGAGGAUUGUCUUUCCUUGGGAUUUUCAUAAGUCACUCCAACUCUACAGCAAAUACCAGUUUUGUGUGUGGAAGUUCUCCCAUAAUACCAUUCUUUGAUUCAUAUGUGCUAUAUUUAUUAGUAUGUUCCAAGUUACUUUGAGGAAGGUGAUUUUAUUUUUUUUCAAAAAGUCUUUGAAAGGCAAGAAUGUGAAUGUGCUUCAUUAUUAAUGUUCAUAUUUAAGAGGAAGCGACACACUUAUUUAUAUUUUAUUGGCUAGUUCCAUGUACAAAGUGUCGCACAAACUGUGCAUGUAUAAAGAAACUGUAGCUACUAUGGUGUUAAGUGCACUUUGGUGAUUAGUGUUUUCCCUAGUUACAGGGAUAUCUUGGGGCCAAAUUGACUGUCCAUAUCUGCACAGUUCAGCCUGUUGAUGCAG